GAUCCAAUAUUUUUCUUUGGUUCUUUAUCUUCAAAUAUUGCUCGGAAAAGGGGCCAAAAAAAACCGAAUUUCUAAAGAAAAAAAAAGGUUAAAAGUGUUUUUUUUUUUUUUUGCAAACAUAAAAAGGGGGCUAAUACAAUAAUCCGUAUUUAAUUGAAAACACUGUUCUACCCGGCGGAAACAGAGCAGACGGGAGCAAAAGGAGAAUGAAGUUCGGCGUAAAAGCGUUGAGCAACGGCAAAGCACGGGUGGGAGUGGUGCAACUUCCCAAUUGCGUGGUUCCCAUAGAGACACCAUCUCUGUUGCUCGCCACUCGAAAGGGUCUUCCACACUUUCUCUCUCCUGACCUUCUCUCCGCUCUUCCUUCGCCGGACUCCCAUCUCCUUCAAUUCUCCCCUCUUUACUUAUGUUUGUCCUACAGUGUGGGAGGCUUGUCAACACCGACAAUGUCUAGUGUAGGAGGAUUGCACCAAAUGCUUGGUCUGCAAGAGUAUGGAUUCGGGGCAAACUUGAGAGAUUCUAUCGUAUGCAUUCCAGAACCCAAUAGUACUAACAAAUUUGGAGCCUCUUUUCAAACUCCUAAUGGGCGUCUUUUGAUUCAGCCUGCGGAAUACAUGAAAAUGAUUUCUUCUUUGGACCCAAAUUGGUUAGUGAGUAUCCCUGAUGAAGUCCCUGCUUGGGUUACUGAAAAGCGGAAUAAGAUUUCAGUAGAUAGAACUAUUCGCUGGCUUGAUGAAUGUAUCAACUUAAAAAAGACAGAUGGAUCAAUUUUUGGGGCCAUUGUUGGAGGGUGUAGCAUGGAAGAACGCAAACGAUGUGCACAUGAAAUAGUUAAACGGGAUGUCUCAGGUUUUUGGCUUGGUGGUUUUGGGUUUGGAGAAACUGUUGAUGCACGUUCUGCUCUUCUGAAUGCUGUUACCGAUAUCUUGCCAGAGGACAAACCUCGUCAAGUUUGUGGACUUGGACUUCCAGAGGAAGUCCUUCAGGGUGUAGCUUCGGGAAUUGAUCUGUUUGAAUCCUCGUAUAUAUGUCAACUUACCGUUGGAGGGUAUGCUCUCACAUUUCCAGUUGACAACACGGAAAUGCAGAUGCCUAAUUAUCAGCUGAGCAAUGUAGGAAGUGACCUUACAAAGAUUAAUUUGAGAGCCACAGUUUACAGGAAGGAUUCAUCGCCAGUUGUAGAGAAAUGCUGUUGCUAUACUUGUCAGAAUCAUUCAAGAGCUUACAUAAAUCACCUGCUCAAUGUACAUGAAAUGCUGGCCCAGAUCCUACUAGAAAUACAUAACACACACCAUUAUCUGAAAUUUUUCGGCAAUAUCAGAGAUGCUAUAAGAUGCGGAAAGUUUGAACAGUUCCGUUGCAAGUUCAUGGAGACCAGGAGAAAUCAUCUUGCUACAGAUGCUGAGAUUUCUCAAAAUAGCAAUUCCAUAUGCCUGGCAUUGUAGCACCUCAUAGGUCAUAGCAUACAUUUUUAGGCAGAGGCAUCAGAUGUCGUCUUCAUCUGAUGGGACACUCCUUAGGAAUGCAUUCAUAAACUCUAUUCUUGUUGACAAUAUUUCUUGACUAAAUUUUACAAAUGAAGUACAGAGUUUCUUCA